GUAUCAUUCUAGAAUAUGAACAAGGAGGUGUCAUCAAGACAAAGUCCAUUGAUCUGUUAGAUCUGACACCAUCAUCUGACGUGGACAAAAUUGUGCAGGAGAUUGCAGUGAAGGAGCCACUGAUCACGCCAUCCAAAGCUGAGCAAGUGAAGAAGCUUGUGACUC